AGGAAUCCGGGAGAGGCGCUUGUGCCGGUGCCAGGGGGAGGGGGUGCCGCCGAGACAGCUGGCUGGAGGCGGGCGCUUGUAGGGCGCUCCGCCAGGUCUUGUCCUUCGGUCGGCCUGGCCGCUAAGUGCGCCCACAUCGGACCCAGCUUGUGCGGAGAGCCCAUGGAGGCGGCGGGCGGAGAGCAAGAGCCGGCUGCGGGGGCAGGAUCGGGGCCGACCGGCUCCGAAGAGAUUGACCUGUCCCUGGAUGAUAUUAUAAAGCGUAACAAGAAAGGGCAGACCAAUACAAAGGCAGCAGGGAACAGAUGGAGGCAGCAGCUCAAGAACAGAAAUCCAUCCUAUAGCAAUGGAAGACCUCGAUUCCGGAGCUGGGCACCACAAAGCGUGCAAGGAGCCUACAGGUUUAGAAGAGGGUUUAGAAAACAGCAGUAUUACAGAAAACGGUUUUGGAAUGGCAUGACUGGUCCCCAGAAAAGAACAGCCCCCAGGCCAAGUGGCGCAAGCCCCUUAAAUCGGCCAGCAUCAGCUCAACAACAGGUCAAACAGGAUGAAACCACAUCAGCAGGGAAUGGUGAUGGAGUGGAAGCUGAUCCACAGCAGGGGCAGCCCACAGGGGUCAAGCGGUUCAGGCGCACAAAUGCUUUCCCACCCACUCAAAGGCCUUUCAAAUUAAAUCGAAGACCAGCUUUUAUGCAGAGACAAUCCAGGUUCAACUUCAGCAGAGGGCAAAAAGAGUCAAAUCAAGACAGGAAACAGCCAUGGACACGAAGGUGGCAACUUCAGCCAAGCUCCGGAGCUGUCCUGACCGUUUCUGUAUCUAACCCCCAUGCUAAUCAAAUGAAAAUGCUAGGAGCCAAACGCCCAUUCUUGAGAGGGAGAAGCACCUCAACAAAGAUGACCCAACCCAAGCCCAAAGGGGUGCCUUUGAGGUUCAACUUCCGGGCCAUGGCUAACCAGACGAGCUUGACGUUGAACGAAAGAUUCUCUGGGCUGAGGCUCAAGCAUCGUUUUACAGCCUUAAGGAACACGAGCCGUAUGGUCACACUGCCGUAAUGUUGUCCACUUGGUAGAUUCCAACCAGCUCUGGAAAAGGAAUUAGUCAUUGAACCCUACUGAUUUCCUGCCACUUCCUUAAUGAUGGUUUGGGAUCAUUUUGACACAGUUAUGGACCCAUCUAAUAUAACACCAAUAAGAUUUUUGCACAACUAUGGCCCACAGAUCAGAAUCGGACUCUUCUUCCCAGCCUCUCCACUAUGGACUAUGGUCACCCCCAUGUUUCGGCUUAGGGCAAAUAGAGUUUGGUUUGGGGGCCCAUGAAGGAGCCAGUGCCAUGUCUAAUCUUGUCAUGCUGAUAUGAGAGAGUCACAUGGGAAGGAAGAAGAGGCCCUCGGCUUUGUCUUGAGAUGCACUUAGAGGCAUGAGUGAACAUCAGCUUGUUCACAGCGCCUUUUGUAGCACCACACCCUCAUCUUCGAGGUCCCCCCCCCCCGUGCACUGGGAUCAGAAGGCAACACAGCCUGGGUGGGGGCGGGGCAGGAGUGUUAUGCCUGAAUGUGCUGCCUAGGGAAUGUGGGUGGCACUUGAGGGGUUUGGGGGGCAGUGGCCUGGAAAGCACUUUUACAGAUUAGGUUGAGGGUUUGGUUGUGAUGAGCUACUAUUCCACUUAAUAAAUUCACUUUUAGAAGCUUCACAAUCUUGUUAAUUCUUCAUAACUACUGCAGCUUCUGAGGCUCAGGUUUAAAAAGUACAAUACUGACUGUGGAACCCUAAGUAGAGCUACGCCUUCUAAGCUCAUUGACUUUAGUGGACUUACACUUUUUUAAGUAUGCUUAGGAUUGCACUGAGAAAAUGAAGGAAAUACAAUGGGUGGAGGAGUGGAUUGUGUGAAUCAGGAUAAGAGAGACUGAAUUUGGACAUUCUUGAACAGGAGAUUUGUAUCUGUUCCUGACUGCAUUUCUUCGUAUAAAAAAAAUGGGAAUGGGAAUUGACAGCUCACCACCCAGACAAUGUUUUACUUUCAAAUUUUUUAGAAAAUAUAUUUGUACCUCUCUAGAGAUUUGCUCAGUGUGGCUCAUGAAGUGAAACACGAUGAAAUUAUAAAACAAAACCAUCAUUAAAUUGAACAAAGCAUACAAUAUCUAGCCAUGAACAAACCCAACCAGAGCAUAAAACAGCAGAACUAUUUUUAAAGAAAAUUUGGAAGCCGGCUUUGCACAGAUGUAUCCAUUUCACCUUGGAAAGGAGGAGGUAGAGGGUGUUGUUUCAGACAUUUGUGACUCCUGUCUCAAGAUCCAGCUGGAAAAACCAUAAAGCAAAUUAGUCUCUAAAA